GGUUGAGAUUGGCAUCUCUGGGAGAAACAUGGGUGUCAAAGGCUGGGAUCUGGCACCUUAGGGCUUUCUCUCUUUCUCCCCAUGCAGGUCCCCACAGUCAGGUGGGGAGAUGCCAGAGGGAUGGAACAUCUCUUCUAAUAGCCUGGAGCUUCAAGCAGCAGGGAUUAUUGUACCCAUCAUCUUCUCUCUCAUCUUCCUCGUGGGUACUGUGGGGAAUGGGCUGGUGCUGGCUGUGCUGCUGCAGAAUGGCCAAGUCAAGUACACCACCACCAACCUCUUCAUCCUUAACCUGGCCGUGGCUGACCUGUGCUUCAUCAUCUGCUGUGUCCCUUUCCAGGCCACCAUUUACACCUUGGAUGGGUGGCUCUUUGGGGCCUUUGCCUGCAAGGCUGUGCAUUUCCUGAUCUACUUCACCAUGUAUGCCAGCAGCUUUACCCUGGCUGCCGUCUCCAUUGACAGGUACUUGGCCAUUCGCUAUCCACUGAAGUCCCGUGACCUCCGCACCUCCCAAAAUGCAGGAGUGGCCAUUGCAGUAGUCUGGUCACUGUCGCUGCUCUUCGCGGGGCCUUACCUCAGUUACUACCAGAUAAUCCACUACCAUGGUGUGCCCAUCUGCGUCCCCAUCUGGGAGGACCAGCGCCGAAAGGUUCUGGACAUCCUCACGUUUGUCUUUGGAUACCUCCUGCCUGUGAGCGUGGUGAGCUUGGCAUACCUUAGGACCGUCAAGUUCCUGUGGACCUCCGUAGACCCCAUAGAAAGAAUCUCAGAGUCCCGGAAGGCCAAGCGUAAGGUCACCAAGAUGAUUGUGGCUGUGGCCAUCCUGUUCUGCCUCUGCUGGCUGCCCCACCACCUGGUCAUCCUCUGCUUCUGGUUUGGCCACUUCCCCUUCAACCGAGCCACUUACGCUUGCCGCCUGGCUUCCCACUGCCUGUCGUACACCAACUCCUGCCUCAACCCCAUUGUCUACGCCCUCAUCUCCAAGCACUUCCGCAAGCGUUUCAAACAGGUCUUCACCUGUCUCUUCUUCCAGAACAAGACCAGGAAGAAGAAGAAGAAGAGAGCUGGAAGGAAAUUCCAUAUGGUCAAUGUGGACAGAGGUUUCACCAACAGCACCAGAGGUUUCUGUGGAGGCAACACUGAGGUGACCCAGGUUCCAGAAGACACCAGGAAGAGGGGUCAUGAAGGUGCCAGUCAUGCCAGAGCAUGGACUCAGCAGCUUCAAGAUGCCAUGGUCUCUGUUAAAAAGGGGAUACUGGAGGAGGAAAGUUUGGCAACAGCUUGCCAUUCCCUCGACAUGACCCCUCUAAGAGGAACUCAAGAGUUUCUGACUGUUCGCCACAUUUUCCAGCCAGUGAGUAGCCACUCUAUUCCCAAACAGGCCAAAUAA